AUGACAAAGACUAUCCUUCCUUCCCUCUGCCUUUUGGCUGCAGCUCUUCUCCCGAACAGUGAAGCUUUCUCGGUCGAGCUGUCCAGGCGGAAUGCCCUCAACAAAGCCAUCGGGACAGCGGCGGCAGGCAUCGCGACGACGGUGGUUCUGCCAGAAUUUGCUGUGGCUGCCGUUUCCGAAGAGACUCCUCGAGUCACCACUCGAAUGGGAGGACUUUUGGAACCGUUCCAAGAUGGUCCCCGUGGAUUUCGCAUCUUGGCACCCAGUGGUUGGAACAAAUUUGAGGGUGAAGUGGGAGCCUAUGACGUAAAAUGGCAAGAUUUGGUGGAUCCCUCUGAAAAUGUCAAGAUCACCAGUUCUCCGGUAAAGUCUUCAACCACCUCCAUUGAUGCCUUGGGAGAAGUGAAGGCAGUUGGAGAUUCAUUGGCUGCUAAGCGAGAUGCUCGCCUUGUCGCUGCAGAAGAAAGAAUGACAGAUGGAAUUUUGUUCUACAAGUUUGAGUUUGCAAUCAAUGAUGGAACACAUCAGCUGCUUCAACUCUGCGUCAACAAAGGAAAGGUCUGGAGUUUGGAUGCCAACUCAAAGGAAAAGCGCUGGAGUAAGAGGGGUGAGCUGUACCAGAACGUCGUGGGAUCUUUCAUGCCCAAGUUGACGUAA